AUGCUUAGUUUUGUACAGUCCCAGCUCAUUCCUAUGAAGGAAAUGUUCUCCCCGCUUAGCUUUAGCGAGCCUACAACCAGCAUGCCGGGGGGGAUCAAUUUUGACGACAAUGGCUCUAGGAAGUCGUAUGUUCCAGAAGAAACAAGUGAAGAUCAUCCAGAAGAUGGGCCGGAUCCCCAUACGACAUCACAAGAGGCUCACGAGCCGCAAUCGAGCUCAGAUUCAGACGAUCAAACCGCGCCCAAAGAGCGUAAAGCGCAAUCGGAACUGUUUUUGAUCGUUCAUGCGAAUCCUAAGCGCAAACUGCACCAUCCAAACAACCUCCAGGUUCAACUUGUGCGGCCGAAACGGCAUGAUCGGAACGGUGCGGAUGCCAGCAACCCCAGCAACAUGUGGGACCCGCAACACCUUGCCGGGCUUAAUCGCACGCUAUCGAACCAUUCAACCAGAAGUGCGCUUUCCAGCCGGUCAGGGCCGCCAACGCACCAUCGAGGACGGCGCACAAUCCCCAUGUACAAUUUCGACUACCACCAUAUCCGGUCCAAGGUCGUGCUGGAUGCCGGCACUGAUCAGCCGCUGGCUAGAUUUACCAGGAGAGGGAUUGAAUUGGAGGGGUUCGGAACACUGCAGCCGAGUGAGAUUGGCUUCCUGCACGAAGAUCAUGAUAUUGUGGGCUUGCAAGAUGACUUUGAAAGUCCCAGUAAGACCCGCCAUUCAUUUGAGACAGAUACGCGCCAAACAAAGGAUCCGGCGCCGGAGAACAGGUUUCUGCGGCGCAUGCGGCGCUUGGGAAAAAGCCUGCAUAGCAAGAGCGUGAGCCCCCCGAAAUUGAAACGCAGCUCGAGUGCACAGUCGAACUUGAGACUGACACGGGUCAAUUCCAGUCAAGACAAUACGGGCAUGCUGCAUGCGAUGAUUUCCUCGUACAACCCACAGGCCACUCCGGGCGCUGGCUCGUCUCAUGGCAAGAUUACGACCUCCUACGUUUGGGACAUAACAGAGUACGAUCGCCCAGAUGUGGAUGAAGACCCAAUUCAGCGCACCGAGGAGUACGUGUCCAACAUGUUCUCAAAUAAGCAACAGGUGCAGUCGUUCCACAAAGCGGUGACGAACGUGAUUCUUACAAGAAUUUGGAAGCAAUUCAGCCCCCUAGGCCGCCGCGGCUUGGGUGCCGCGCACCCACCUGCCGAGCAGAUUUCUGUGUGGUUUGAGUGGGUUCGGGACUGGAAUGGAGGUGCUGACAACCCACACAACUUGUACAACACGGACGUGCAUGGUCCGCUGUCGUCGGGUAGCUCGCCAGACAAGUCGACUCAUAGCGACACGCCGGUCUCGAGCAUUUCACCCACAUCCUCACCUUCUUUGCAUCCACAGAGCGACAACAAUUUGGAUGCACCUGCGGAAAUGGCUGCGACAACCCUGGGCAUACCUCAGCAAAUGUCUCCGCUGCCUACAAACACUGACAUGCCCCCGGACGAAUCGACGAAUUUUUCUCCCCAGAGACUUAAUGUACCUAAAGAAGACAUGCUAUGCAUGUAUCCAUGGACAUGCUACCUUGUGUUGAAUGGCGACGCACGUAUUCCGAUCGGCCGACUUGUGCCGGCACCCUACCAUCGAAGCAUUGCAUGUGAGCUUCAGCUUCCAUCGCCGCUGCCAAGUCUUCGCUGCGUUUCGUUGGGUGUUGAUCGUAAGGGAUUUUCGCGCGAAGAAUUGCGCGAUAUCGUGGCAACAACAGCGUUGCACUUGAUCAUUCGAGAGAAUCUUGGAUCAGUGCUUGUGGAUUCCGAAAUGGCACACUAA